UUGUAACACAAUGUUGUUCAUAUGAAACCUUCGUAAGAUGGUAUAUCAAUGAUAGCAUAAUAAUAAAAAAAGACAGCAUGAUGAAAAUAGGAAAAGACCUGCUUAGGUCGCAACCUUGAACCUUGCAACUCAGCUAAAAGUCACUGGCUGUGGGAGGAAAAGACCUGGAGGCUCAUGGCUAACAUGUGUGCAAAGAAUUAUUAUAACAAAUAGAUUAUUCCAGGUGUCUUACAAAAUUAGCUUAAGUCAGUUCCUUAAAGACAUCUGCGAAAAUGAGGAUACAUGCAUAAAGUCAGGUGAUGACUGAGCCAAAAAAAUUGUUGUUCUCUUUAUUUAAAAAGUAUUGUAUUUCAACAUAGAUUAACAUGUUUUGCUUUUAUUGAUCUUUUGAGUGCAUUAGUGAGCCAAAAAAAAAGGUGUAUUGUGCUUUGUAACACAGGAACUCAGCCGGGAUCAGUUGAACAGAGCAGAUACGAACAUCAGGCACCAAACGUUAGGUUUCUAGAUCUUUUGUUCAUUGUUGGGCUGUUGGCUUCCAGACAUCUUGGAACCCAAUGCAUCUAGGACCUCAAAAGCGUUUGCUGAUGCACUGUUAGAACUAAGUCCAUGUUGAUGAAAAAGAUGGGGAGCAGGCAUUUAUCCUGUGAGAAUUGACUUAAUCUUCAGCCUUUUCUAGUUGGGUCUUUUUUACCCCCAGUCAUUUUCCACUCCCCUCACUCCCAGUCGUUUUUAUUAUUUGUCUUUUCAGGAAAUGCCCAGCAAGACCCAGAUAAGGUUGCUGAAGCCAUAAUUGAUGCCAUUGAAGAGUUUAUCCAGAAAAGAGUGCCCCAGUCUGUGAAAAAAGUUAAAGUUGUUAUCUUUCUGCCUCAACUCCUGAAUGUAUUUUAUGCCAGCAUGAAAAAAAGAGAAGGAUCUCGGGCUUCUCCUCAACAGUCUGUGAUGUCUAAAGUUGCAGCAUUUUUGAGCUUGUCAGGUCAAUCUCCCCCAAAAAAACAUCCUUUGGUUUUGGAAAAGAAAACAGAAUCAGCAGUUUUUCAGGUGUGUGGUGAAAAUGAAACAUGUGUGGAGAAUGCCCUCUCCUGGAUACAGGAUCUGAUUAAAAAGGAACAAUGUCCUUACACAAGUGAAGAUGAGUGUAUCAAAGACUUUGAUGAAAAAGAAUUUCAGGAAUUGAAUGAGCUGCAAAAGAACUUAAAUAUUACCAUUUUCUUGGACCAUAAAAGACCUCUGAUUGAGGUUUGGGGAAUUAAAGAUGCGAUAAAGGCUAGAGAUGCCAUUGAGAACAUCAUCAAGAGAGUUAGACUGGCCAAAGAACAGGAAUCCCGGGCAGCUUGUGUAAGCGAAUUUAUAGAAUGGCAAUAUGAAGACAAUAACAUUUUUCAUAAUUUUGACAAAAUAACCAAUUUGCAAUUGGAGGAAGCAAAGAAGGAACAGAGAAAGACUGUUAAUAUCAAAAUUAAUCAUCAGAGCUACACAGUGGACUUGAAAUUAUAUAUUGCAACAGGUGCAAAGGGACGCAAUUUAUCUGUUCGGCGCCUCAUGAAAUCUCAAGUUGAGAUCCCUGCGAAUUGGAGUGAUAUGAAACAGAAGAAUGUCUGUGUGGUUGAGCUACAGCCUAGCCAUGCAGAAUACAGCACUGUGGCGAGCAAGUUUAAUCAGACCUGCUCAGACUUCAACAUAGAGAAGAUUGAAAGGAUCCAGAAUAUGGAUCUCUGGAAUAGCUACCAGGCAAAGAAAAAGACCAUAGAUGCAAAGAAUGGCCACAUAACAAAUGAGAGGCAGCUCUUCCACGGGACAGAUGUGGACUCAGUGCCGCAUGUCAACCAAAAUGGCUUCAACCGCAGUUAUGCUGGAAAGAAUGCUACGGCGUAUGGAAAAGGAACAUAUUUUGCUGUCCAUGCCAGUUAUUCUGCCAAUGAUACAUACUCUAGACCAGACAGAAAUGGGAAGAAGCAUAUGUAUUAUGUGCGAGUACUUACUGGAACCUACACACGUGGACAUCAGUCAUUAAUUGUGCCUCCGGCAAAGGAUGUUCAAAAUCCUACUGACCUGUAUGACACUGUCACAGACUGUGUGCAAAAUCCAAAUCUGUUUGUGGUAUUUUAUGACUACCAAGCUUACCCAGAGUAUCUCAUUACUUUUAGACAUAGAUACUAACAUUUUGGUAUCCUUCACAGAAGACAGUAGAUACAUCUAUCUGUAAGAUAAGUUUUAGGGUGUUUUUUUUCUUAACAACUUUUUCUGAAAUAAAAGGAUCCUUGUCACUGAA